GCAAGGCUGCGCAGCCCGAUCUCCCAUCUGGGGUUUGACUUUGAAGUUAUAAGAGUGAACCAAUUAGGUAUUCUACUUUUGCUGAAUCAGAAGUUAGGUCAGCCGUAAAGUCAUCCUUGGCGGGAGUCUCACUGGUCGAUUCGCGGCCGUUUCUCUGCCGGGGCCGCGCAGGCAUCGCAGAGCCUGUCCUCCGAGAUUGUGAGACGGUCGACACUGCCUCAAGUGCCUUGUGUAUAAGAUUCGAUUUCUUCGCAUGUUCAUGAUAUUAAUCUUCAUUCCAUUUUCAACUGUACAAAGAUCUACUCUUGAAAGUCCCAACUCACCAACGAGUUUUCGAAAUUCUUCAUCAAAAACUCGCUUAAUUUUCGUCUCCCCCUUGAGAUCCGGAGCCCUUUAUACAGUUCAUCGACACUCUCAAAAUGUCUAAUUUGACACAUUCAACUGGUCAUGGCACUGGCUACGGCAAUGCUACUUUACUUGCCAAUCCAGAGCUGUGUACACUCCAAACAUGCGAUCUUUCUAUGGCAAGCUUUCUCUACUUACCGACGGUACCGGGUAACGCCAUCUACGCUGCCAUCUUUGGCAUCUACGUUAUCGCACAACUAUAUUUCGGGAUACGAUACAGAGUAUGGGGCUAUAUGGUUGCCAUGGUACUUGGUCUGGUGGCAGAAAUCAUUGGCUACGUUGGUCGAAUCAUGCUUCAUAACUCACCAUUCGACAACAACGAUUUCCUUACGUAUCUCAUUUGCUUGACUAUUGCUCCAGCUUUGCUCAGCGCUUCUAUCUACCUCUGCCUUUCCCGCAUCGUCAUUGUGUAUGGCGAAAACCUCUCCCGCUUCAAGCCUCGCACAUACACUGCCUUCUUCUGUACAUGCGAUUUCAUCUGUCUCGUUCUCCAAGGCAUGGGUGGUGGUAUCGCUUCGACUGCCAACACCGUCAGCGGUAGCAAUCUCGGAAAGAACAUCAUGUUAGCAGGCUUAAUCUUCCAACUCAUCUCCCUGAGCCUAUUCGCCGUCGCCUGCACAGAAUUCUUCUUCCGCGUCCGAAGCGCCCGAGGAAACUGGAACCCGCGAUACCUCAACAUCGUCAGCUCGAAGCUCUUCAAGGCCUUCCUGUUUGGUCUCGCAACAGCCACCGUCACAAUCUUCAUCCGAAGCGUCUACCGUUGCGCCGAGCUCUCGGGAGGCUUCAACAGCACACUCUUCACCUCCGACGAAGCCCUGUUCAUGAUCCUCGAGGGUCUUAUGAUCGUCACUGCUACGACCUGCUUAACUCUCCUUCACCCUGCUGUCUGUUUCCAGGGCGCAUGGCACGAGGCUAACUUCAAGUUCCGCACGAACAAAGGCGAGAGUGCGAAGCUAUACACGUCGGAUGAGGAGAACCAGAACAGUGAUGUGCGAUUGGACGAUAUGUCUGGCCGGGGAAAUCAGGUGUUUCAGGGACAGGGGAAGUAGAUGAUGGGGCUUGGGGCUUGGGGGACUUUUCUUUGCUGUAUACCCGUUUGUGUUUGUUUUUGUUUUUGCUUUACAUGAUAUCAAUAGAUGGAUGGAUAGGAUGGCGGGGAUAUACAGGUAGAUGAUGGUAAAGGCACUUGGACGGCGCUCACCAGGGAAACAUGAAUCACGAAAGAGUGGUCUUUAUCUUAGAAGUCAUACAACAAGAAUGUACCAACAUCAAUCAAGCAGGCUGUCUUCUUCCUCG